AGGUUGGCUGCCCCGCGGGUCGGUGAGGGCGCGAGGUAGAUGCUGAACCGCCCCGGCAGCUGAGGGCAGGCCGAGCCCCCAGACGCCACAGAGCUUGAAGGACUGCGCGGUGGGAGCCCCGCACUGCGCCCGGCCCCCUGGAUCCGUCGGGGCACCUCCACCCGGCUGUUAGCAUGAUGUCUUACCUCAAACAACCUCCAUAUGGCAUGAACGGGCUGGGCCUGGCAGGGCCCGCCAUGGACCUCCUGCACCCGUCUGUGGGAUAUCCGGAUGGGCUUUCUUUUGCCACGUCUCCGCUCAGGGCCUGCCAGGGGCCUGCCAGAGUCCUCUGGCGCGGGUCCUCGUGGCCACCGCUGACCCCAGGCGCCCCCGCGUGUCCCCUCAGCCACCCCUCGGAAGCAGCGGCGGGAGCGCACCACCUUCACGCGCUCGCAGCUGGACGUGCUCGAGGCGCUCUUCGCCAAGACUCGCUACCCUGACAUUUUCAUGCGGGAGGAGGUGGCGCUCAAGAUCAACCUGCCGGAGUCCAGAGUCCAGGUCUGGUUCAAGAACCGUCGCGCCAAAUGCCGCCAGCAGCAGCAGAGCGGGGGCGGGACAAAGAGCCGCCCGGCCAAGAAGAAGUCGUCGCCGGUGCGGGAGAGCUCCGGCUCCGAAAGCAGCGGCCAGUUCACGCCGCCCGCCGUGUCCAGCUCCGCGUCGUCCUCCAGCUCGGCUUCCAGCACCUCCGCCAAUCCGGGGGCGGCAGCGGCUGCAGGCCUGGGAGGGAACCCGUCGGGAGCAGUGCCGUCGUCCUUGAGUACGUCCGCCGCUUCGUCCAUCUGGAGCCCGGCCUCCAUCUCUCCAGGCUCGGCGCCCGUGUCCGUGUCGGUGCCCGAGCCUUUGGCCGCACCUAGCAACGCGUCGUGUAUGCAGCGCUCGGUAGCCGCUGGAGCGGCCUCGGCCGCAGCCUCUUACCCCAUGUCCUACGGCCAGGGCGGCAGCUACGGCCAGGGCUACCCCGCGCCCUCCUCUUCGUACUUCGGCGGCGUGGACUGCAGCUCCUAUCUGGCGCCCAUGCACUCGCACCACCACCCGCACCAGCUCAGCCCUAUGGCACCAUCCUCCAUGGCGGGCCACCACCACCACCACCCCCACGCGCACCACCCCCUGAGCCAGUCCUCAGGCCACCACCACCACCACCACCACCACCACCACCAGGGCUACGCCAGCUCGGGGCUCGCCUUCAACUCUGCCGACUGCUUGGAUUACAAGGAGCCUGGCGCCGCCGCGGCUUCCUCUGCGUGGAAACUCAACUUCAACUCGCCCGACUGCCUGGACUAUAAAGACCAAGCCUCAUGGCGGUUCCAGGUAUUGUGAGCCCUGGAGUGGGAGAGGAAGAGAAACGAAACUACCUGCGCCCUCCGUGGUCCCCAUCCUGUUGCUGCUGCUGCACCACCCGCCUUUGCCUCGGCUUCUCCAGACCUGAUUUUCAUGCCCCUAAAAGAUGCCCAUUGCCUGCACUGCCGCCCUCAUCUUCAUGCCCCUUGCUGGGGUUGGGGCUGUGGGUGGGGUGGGGUGCAAACCCGCCCACCCCUUGGAUGAGGGGACUGGUGCUUUGGCUUGGCCCACAGGUCCUAUGCGGGAGAGCUAUGCGCUCUCCUCUUCAACCCCUACCGAACUCCUAAAUCACCCUCUCCCCGGCUUUCGGGACAGUUAGUAUGCACUUGCAGCCUUCGGAGGCUCGUCGCUCUGACCGGCUGUCUGAGCCCUACACUUUUAUUUAUUCUUUCUUGGACACUGGAGUCACUAACUGGCAUGCGUCUGCCCGCUGGAGCGCACCCACACUCCGCUCCCAGACAACCGCCAAGCAU